AUGUCUACAUCUGACAAGUUGGUAUCGCUUCGCCAGUCGGGGCCAAGGACGCCUAGUUUACAGGCAGGAUUCAUUGGUAGCGAACGUCGAUCGCCAUUAAAUCAGAACGGACUCGCAACAGCAACAAGUCAGCCAGCAGCCUCUCUGAAACGUACCAUUUCGGAGGAUCUCUCGAGCGAGAACGAGAGUCGCAGAAAGAAGCUGGUUUGCCUUGCGCAGCGGCUGCACGUCGAAGUCGGCCAAUCUCCUGUUACUACUCCAAAAUCGAAAUAUGCCCCGCUGUCCGCCACCGUGCAGACUUCGCAGACGCCCGGAUCCAAGUCUGAUCUGAGAAAAUUUGGCUGUAAAAGUUGCAAGACAUUCCUCGCACUAUAUGAGAGUAUCAUUAGUAGAAAUUUUCGUGGUCAGCACGGCAAGGCUUAUCUUUUCUCCAACGUCGAGAAUGUGGACUUUGGAAUGCCACAGGAGAAGUCCAUGACGACUGGGAUGCAUACUUUGCGCGAUGCCAGAUGCCUCGGAUGCGGCGAGGUCAUGGGCUGGAAGUACGACAAAGCCAAGGAAAAAAGCGAAAGAUAUAAGGAGGGCAAGAUUGUGCUUGAAGCAGAACUGCUAUGCGCCGUGUAG